AUGAGUAAUUCCAACGAGAGGCGGUCUUGUAUAAACGGUGCAGUGCAGUGGUGUUUUUGUGUUUUCGCUUUGAUCAUAUGUGGAUAUAGUUUAGUAAAACAGCAGCGUUUGGAGAACCGUCUGCGACUUCUGGAAAUUAGAUACGAGAACUUGGAAAACGCUUUCAACUUCCCAGAGCCGAAAGAGGAGUUUUUGAAGCGUGCAACCAGGGAUGUCACGGACUGCGUCUGUCCUUCAGAGGCUGUAGGGCCGUGUGGCGGCGAGGUCGUUGACCCCGGACGGAUAUUAAAAAUGGGCCCUAAAUUGGUUCUCAGAUUUGUUAUCGACGGCAUAUUGCGUGUUUCCGCCGAACUUCCAAUUGGAGCCCAAUAA